UGAUAAUACAAAGUUUUGACUCUACCAAAUUAUAAAAAUCAUAAAAGACGAGGAGCUCCAAUCACGUUCAAGUAAUAGUAUAGAUAUAUGGAAAGGAAAUAAUUAAAAGACCCUAAUUAAAAUUUAGUUCAAGACCUACUUUAAAGCCUUUUACAAAAAAAGAAAAGAAUUCUCUAAGUCGAAAUCGUUAUCGUAGUACGUUCAUGUCUUUUCUCCGGCCACCGAAACGAUGCCAUCUGUUUAGUGCGCCUUUAUAAUUCAACGACCCUUUGUACUUUUCCGAUUCCUCUUUCUCUAUAACUUCAUCUCUCCCAUUCUCUUCACUCUUCUCAAAAAUUCGAUCUUUAGGGUUUUUCUUUUAUCCUCUUAUCGCUAAUCUGGAGCUCUAUAGAGACUAUAAAGGGUUUUUGAUUGAUUCGGGAGCUCGAGAUUUGACUUCUUUUAGCUGAUUCGGCAAGUUUGUAUCUAGAAAGGAUCGAUUGGUGAGGUCAAUAGUGGUUGGUGGGUUUUAGUAAUGGAAGACGGUGAGCUUGAUUUCUCCAAUCAGGAAGUGUUUUCGAGUUCGGAGAUGGGUGAAUUACCACCUAGCAAUUGUUCGAUGGAUAGUUUCUUUGAUGGGCUUUUAAUGGAUACUAAUGCUGCUUGUACCCACACUCACACCUGUAACCCCACUGGACCAGAGAACACUCAUACUCACACGUGCUUCCAUGUCCACACCAAGAUUCUCCCGGAUGAGAGCGAUGAAAAAGUUUCUACUGAUGAUACAGCUGAGUCUUGUGGGAAGAAGGGUGAAAAGAGACCUUUGGGAAACCGGGAAGCGGUUAGAAAGUAUAGAGAGAAGAAGAAGGCUAAAGCUGCUUCUUUGGAGGAUGAGGUUGCAAGGCUUAGGGCGGUGAAUCAGCAGCUGGUGAAGAGGUUGCAAAAUCAGGCUACCUUGGAAGCUGAGGUUUCGAGGCUUAAGUGUUUGCUUGUGGAUUUGAGAGGAAGAAUAGAUGGAGAGAUUGGAUCUUUUCCUUAUCAGAAACCUAUGGCUGCAAAUAUUCCUUCUUUCUCGCACAUGAUGAAUCCUUGUAAUGUACAAUGUGAUGAUGAAGUUUAUUGCCCUCAGAAUGUGUUUGGAGUGAAUAGCCAAGAAGGUGCCUCGAUCAAUGACCAAGGGUUAAGUGGUUGUGAUUUUGAUCAGCUACAAUGCAUGGCUAAUCAGAACUUAAAUGGAAAUGGAAACGGAUCAUUCAGCAACGUCAAUACAUCUGUCUCGAAUAAGAGAAAAGGUGGGCAUCGUGCAUCAAGAGCAGUUUGAAGCAUCAUCAAGCUUGUACUAUCUAUUUCCACCAGCAUAGAUAUUGUAUUCCAAAUAAGUUGUAGAGUUCAGCUGCAGGAUCAGCUUCGCUCAGGUUCCUUUGUAUCCUCAUUUUUGUUUUUUGUUUUCUGACUCUCUUUCCCUUCCAUUGUAUUUCCUUGUUGAGCUUGACAAACUAGAAGGAUGAUAUAUUGUUAAUACAACAAACUCAAAUGUUCUGUGUGUUCUUGCCAUUUGUUUUCAUACUUGAGCUGCUUCUUCUUAAGUUUAUGUCGAAGAAGUUGAUUGAAUAUUGUCUCUAUGCAUGACAAGUAGGAAUUGAUUUGACUACAAAAGUUAUUGAUAAGAUGCAUGAAAUUUUUGUACCUGCUGAAUUACAGCUUUGAGGGGUUGGUGGUGUGGUCUUUCUUUGUGGCACGAGUGAGAUCUCUGGACAGGUGAGUUUUAAAAGAUUCACUUCCUGAGAUCUCCUACCUUAUAUGCACUAAAAAAACAACUAUAUUUAAGGAUUCUUGAAUCUUGUUGAUUAGAACCCAGAUUUAGUAGUAGUAGAGGCAGGAUUUCGACUUCCACUAACCAUCAUGUUGCUUGGUGAAGAACAAGGUAUGCCCAUGAAGCACACUGUUUUGUACAUUGAGCUUGAGGGGCUGUCUCUGAUCUAGCCUUACUGUAACAUUGCAACGUUCUCACAAUUGUGAUCCCAAGUUGCUUUGUUGACUUAAAUGUGAUAAUAUAGCUUAACUUUUACUUGAACCAAUCUCAUGAUCAGGCUUUGCAAUAGGGUUUACUGAACUAUUAUUAAACUCAAGAAUCAUAACAGACGUCCUGGAAUAAACGAGCGUUUCAUACUUAGGGUAGCACAUACACCAAACUUGUUUAUUAUAUAUUGGCUCAAACACGUUAACAACAACAAUUGUAAGUCAUCAUCAUCCGCCAAAGACUUGAAUCAUUUCUGGUUUUCAUUGGAAUGUUGUGCAUUUUGGUUGCCUUCAUCAUCAUCAUCCUCAUCCUCGUCAUCUUCGCGGUAGAUGCUUUCCGCCAUUUGCCAGACUUGAAGACUGUUGUCUUCAGCUACA